AUGUCCCAAGAACCAAGAGCAGCGGCACCACACGAAGACUCGACACCUCAUCCUCGUCCUCACCCGACCAUCCGCCUCCACACCACAAACAACAAUACAAACGGCGCAGUGACAGCCUACACCGAGAACAGAAACACCAAUAACGCACUAGACACCCAGCAGUACCCUUCCCGACGGAGAAGCCUCCUCCUCAGCGAUAGCGAGAUCAGUGUCCUGGAUCUCGGUCCUAGUCUUGAGUUUGAGGUUGAGGGGGACGGGGGCCCGCUGCGUCUGCGCGAGGAAAAGCAUGCUCAGCGGGAUUGUCGAGGGGAAGAGGCGAAAUGGGGACAGGGGACGUCGUUGACUGUGCCUGAGAGGCAGGGUUCGCUUGACGAGAGUGCUGCUGUUGCUGUGAGGGUUAUUUCGUCGCCUUUGUUGUCGCCGUUGAGGACGACGAAGGGGAAUAGUGGUAAGGGUCGGGGACGGGAGUUGGAUGCGGAGAAGGGGGUGAAGGGGAGAGGUUGUGAGGGGUUGGUUCUGUUAGGUCGGGAAUAG